GCUGAGAAAAAGAGGCAAAACUUGGGGACACAACUUCUCAAGAAACAGAGAAGCCGAACCCCCAUCCCACCGCCCUUUUUGCACCGAGCGCAGAGAAGAAGAAGGAGAGGAAGAGGGACCGGCUGUUGAGAUAAAGGAAGAUAAAUUCUCCAAAUCAUUAUUUUGGCUUGACUCCCAACAUUGUUGUUGGGGCUUCGGGGGAACUUGUUAGGAGGAAGCGUCUACGCUCAAAGGGGAUUAAAGACCUGCUAGUUUGUGGGUUGAACUUUGAUAAAUUAGGAUUUAAAAGAGGGAAGAGUGUAGAGUUUGCUGUCAGUUUUUGCACACUUUCUGCGCUUCUAUCACAAGUUACAAUGUCGGUGACAGCAGGUGUUAGUGAUACUAUAAUUGCCAUUAGGGAUAAGCUUAGAGGGAAAAUUGGGCAAACAAAAGUUAAAAGGUAUUGGCCUGGUAGAGCUCCUGAAUGGGCAGAUGAUGCCCAUGAAGAUGGGGAUAUCCAGUUGGAUAGGGUGGCUGCCCUGGAACAAGCAUUCCCGAGGCAGGAAGACUCGCAUAUUGUUAAGAAGGAUGAUGCUAGGCUGCGCCGUUUGGCAGAGAGUAAGAUAGAUAAUCGUGAGGAAGUGAGAGCUGAUCAUCGGCGCAUCCGACAAGCAGAGAUUGUUUCAACAAUUGAGGAGGAAACUAGAAGGCAGGAAAGGUUAGAUAUGGAGGAAGAUGAUGCAGAUGCUUUGGAGGAGAGGAGAAGAAGAAUUAAGGAGAAGUUACUUCAAAGGGAGCAGGAAGAGGCUGUAUUUCCAGAAGAAGAAGAGGAGGAGGUAGAAGAGGAAGAGGAAGAGGAAUCUGAGUAUGAGACUGACUCAGAGGAAGAACAUACGGGUAUUGCAAUGGUUAAGCCGGUCUUCGUUCCCAAGUCAGAGAGGGAUACCAUUGCUGAGCGUGAGCGUCUUGAGGCUGAAGAAAGGGCUGUUGAGGAAUCUAAGAAGAAGAGACUGGAGGAGAGGAAGGUGGAGACAAAGCAGAUUGUGGUUGAAGAGAUCCGAAAGGAUGAAGAGAUUCAAAAGAAUUUGGAAAUGGAGGCAAAUAUUGCUGAUGUGGAUACUGAUGAUGAAAUUAAUGAGGCAGAGGAGUAUGAAGCUUGGAAGGUGAGGGAGAUUGCUAGGAUCAAGAGGGAUAGGGAGGAUCGCGAGGCGAUGGUGAAGGAGAAGGAAGAGAUUGAGAAGGUCAGAAACAUGACAGAGGAAGAGAGGAGGGAGUGGGAGAGGAAGAAUCCAAAAGCUGCUCCACCGCCAAAGCAGAAAUGGAGGUUCAUGCAGAAAUAUUACCACAAGGGUGCAUUCUUCCAGGUAGAUGCUGAUGAUCAUGCUGCAACUGCUGGAACAGAUGGUAUUUUCACUCGGGAUUUCUCUGCCCCGACUGGAGAAGAUAAGAUGGACAAGACAAUAUUGCCCAAGGUCAUGCAGGUCAAGCACUUUGGUCGUAGUGGAAGGACAAAAUGGACACAUCUUGUCAAUGAGGACACUACUGACUGGAACAAUCCGUGGACAUACAAUGAUCCUCUUCGAGCCAAGUACAAUGCAAAAAUGGCUGGAAUGAAUGCAGAUAUAUCGAAACCUAAAGGAAGCAAGAAAUUGAAGGAUUGGGAAUCUCGUUAAUUUUGUUGGAGAAAUUGAAUAUUUCUUAGCCAUUGUUUUGUAGAUACAUGUAUGCUUUAAAAGUCUCCUUUUCUAGUUAUCUGCCAUCUGAGAAGAGGCUUUUAUCUAUUGGAAGCAAGGAACAAGGAAUCUGAAAAUGACGUCACUUUUGUGAAUAGAAAAUGCCUUUUAAAAUA